CUUCCCCCCCACCCCCUCUCCGCUUUUUGUCCUUUCCUUCCUCCCUUUCUCUUUUCCUCGCGUGAAAUGGCACUCGGAUUGCUGCUACCCAUGGAUUACAGGGAUGCGCCGCGGCUCCUCGCUCUUCCAACGAGGCAACGAAAGGGUUGGAGACAAUGGAAGGGCACCUGCAGUACAGCUCGUCAUUUUAUCCAAAGGAAGCUGAGGAUCCUACUAACAGGGUUACAGAUAAAAUUCAAGAAAAAACGUAGCUGUGGUGGUGUCGUGGGCCACGCGUGGCCGAAACCCAAGACGUGAGAGGCAGGUGAGGCCGUGCGAGGAGGAAGGCGGCGGUCCAUGUUAUUUGAGCGGGCUCCCGAGGCCUCGGCGAGCGCAGAGCCCACCAUGCAGAAAAGCGCCUACUACGACACCUCGGCGCUCUUCGGCGGCUACGGCGGCUACGGCAAAGCGGACGCCUACGGCUACCCCACCGGCCCGCCGCAGCCCUACGCCCAGCCGAUCAACCGGCCAACCUCCUCCUCCUCCUCCUCUUCUUCUUUCUCUCCUUUUUUUUUUUUCCCGACAGGAGAGAACUGCGAGGAUAAAAGCCCCCCGGGCCCUGCUUCCAAACGGGUCCGCACCGCCUAUACCAGCGCGCAGCUGGUGGAGCUGGAGAAGGAGUUCCACUUCAACCGCUAUCUCUGCCGUCCCCGCCGCGUCGAGAUGGCCAACCUGCUGAACCUGACCGAGCGUCAGAUCAAGAUCUGGUUUCAGAACCGGCGGAUGAAGUACAAAAAGGAUCAGAAAGCCAAAGGGAUUAUGCACUCCCCGGUAGGCCAGUCCCCCGACCGGAGCCCGCCGUUGAGCGGCCCCAACCACGUCGGCUACUCCGGCCAGCUGCCCACCGUCGGGGGCCUGAGCUACGACGCGCCCUCGCCCACUUCUUCCUUCGCCAAGACGCAGCCCAACAUGUACGGCCUGGCGGCUUACACGGCCCCGCUCAGCAGCUGCUUGCCCCAGCAGAAAAGGUACCCGGGCUCGGUAUCCGAGUACGAGCAUCACGCCAUGCAAAGCAACGGCGGCUUCGCCAACCCCAGUUUGCAGGGCAGCCCCGUGUACGUCGGGGGGAACUUUGUGGACUCCAUGCCAGCCUCCGGCCCGAUGUUCAACAUCGGCCAUCUUUCGCAUCCUUCAUCGGCCAGCGUGGACUACAGCUGCGCGGCUCAGAUCCCCGGCAACCAUCACCAUGGACCUUGUGACCCCCAUCCCACAUACACAGAUCUGACUUCGCAUCACACAACUCAGGGAAGGAUUCAGGAAGCCCCCAAACUAACGCAUCUGUAGUGGACUGGAACGGAUUUGGAAAGAGAGAGAAAGAGAGAGAGAGAUUGAGAGAUUGACAGAGAGAUGAAAUGAAAUAGGAUGAAAUGAAAUGUACUGAUGUUUAAAUUACCUCACUUUCCCCCCAUGUUACAGUACAGUUAUUUUGAAUACCCUAUAUAUUGGUGGAUUUUUUAUUGGUUUCUCUCCACCCCACAAGCAGCUAUGUUAUCUUUUUUUACUCCUUCAGAGAUUCCUAAAUCCCUGAAAAUCAUUUUAGUUUUUUUCAUUGUUUUUAAACAGUUUAAAAGCAUGACAGUGCAAUAUCGUUUUUUUAAAAAAUUUAAAACAUCCCCACAAGAGAGUAAUAAUUGAUAAUGAUUUACUGGAAGGUAAGCUUUAGAGACCCCGAAAUAUUAGCAGAAGGUGAGUCCUGAGGAGGAGUUUACCAUAGUUGGGACCAAAACAGGAACUUAUUUUGGAUUGAUUAAUUUAUAGGCUUUUUCAGCAAUGUGAAAGAUUUGGUUUGGACUUAAAUAAGAUGUAUUUAUUAUUUUAACAGGAACUUCUUUUUUGUAUCAUUGAUUAUUUAACCCUGGUCUUCAAUGUAUUUAUGUGGAUAUUUGUAGAAGGUUUUUUCCCCCAAUGCCUUCCUUCCACCCUAACCCUUCCCCAAACUUUGGGAGAUUGAUUCAGGUCUUUGGUGACUGACUAUACAUUUUCACCUAUUUAGUAUAUUUGGUCUGAAAUAGAAAGAGUAGUUUUGAACAGUUGUAACAGUGGCUGGUGUUUGUAGUUUAUGUAAGGAAUAAGCAAAUUGUAAGUCAAAUCAUAGAUUAAUACAAAAUGAAACAUUACCACAAAGAGUUGUUAGUUUUUAAAAGCAAAAGCAUUGCCUCAGAAUGGACACUUUAAUUUAUUUCAGAGUGUUUGGUAUAAUUUAACUUCGAAUUGAAAAUAACGCACGUACAUACAAACCCCUGAUCAGCAGUGUUGUUUUCUUGCCUGUGUUGUAUCCAUAAGGCUGUUUGGGUUUUGGCUAACUUUGACAAACAUAAAGUCUGCCAAGGUGGUAAUAUAACAGUGCAGUUCUAUGCAUGUCUACUCAGAAGUGAGACUAACCAAGUUAGAUGGGACUCACUGUCAAGUAGGUGUAAUAUUGCAGGCUUACUGUCUGUCGCACAAGUCAUUUUGUCUGGUUGUUGUUAUUUUUUUCUGAAAAACAAAUAAGCAAAAACUUCAGAUAGAAGAUUAGAGACAAUGUAAUAUUGUUGAUGUAUCUAAGAUUUCCACACCAA